UCUGCAUGUUCAAGAUGGCCGCUUAAGUGGAGAAUUUACACCUCUCCAGUAAAACUAAUCCAGCAGCUAGUUGGCCGAACGACUUUUACCGUGGAAUUACCCUAAGAUACCAGCAACGUUUUCUUAUGCGUUACAUCUGAAGAGAUAAUAAUUGUUGAGGUUCGACACAUGGAGUAAAACAUACUGAAACUGUAGGGCAUAAAAAGCCUCUUUCCUUUAGUGCAGCAUGGACAGCUUCUUCAAGGCAGCUGUAUGUGAUCUGGACAAGCUGCUAGAUGACUUUGAACUCAAUAGUGAGGAACACGAAGGCAGGCCUGUUUCCCUGAAGCCCUCUGUGUACCCCUUCUCCUCACUUGGCCCUCAGUGUUCACCUAUAGAGCUGUCCCCAAAUCCACCAAGCCUCCCGGACCUUAAUUCUCUUCAUUAUGGAUUGACACCCGGCUGUCCUGAUGGUUCUGCCAGUCAUAACCAUAACCGCAGCACUGAUAGAGAGGUCAAAGGUCAGCCUCUCACUGGUGUGGACCUUCUGUUGUCUGUGGAUCGCAGGUCAGCCAAAAGCUCUACCCCUCCCUGUCCAGACAGAGCUUUGAAACCUGUCUGCGACCUUGUGAAUGACACAAGCUCAGCCAUUCUGGUCAGGUCCAGUAGCCACGAUGCCUUCAGUAAGCUGGACAUUGUGGAAAAGCAAAUGGAGGAAGAGGAAGCACUGCUUGUGGAUUUUAACAGCCCCGAAGUAGGACAAGAGCAAGAGGGUGCAUGCCAUAGUCGAGACACUCAAAAAGAGCAAACCCUUGUAGGGAAGGGAGAGGUACUGUUGAGUCUAGAUUUACAUCAGCAGAGUGGUGGAUACUCUGCCUCACUCAGUCUGCUUGAUGUCAUUCUCCCCGCAGCAGUGGAAAGGAGCUGUGAUCCCGCAGAUCAUUCACUAUCUUCAAUAGAUACUGACUUAGCUAAUAAAGAGGAGGGGGACAGUGAUGGGGGGGAUAUCUCUGACCAAGUAGUUGAGAACUCUGUGGAACAGAGUGAUCUGGAUCCUGUUGAUGGUGUUAGGAAAACUAGAACAAUCAAAGUUAGUAAAGAGAAUGAGUCUCAUGAAGCCUUGGAUGAAUGUGAAGCAGAGGGUCUUCCAGGUCAGGAAUCCAAAGCCUCACACAGCAAGCCGGUAGCCCUGUCAUGUUUACCCAUAGCUGUGUCCAUGUGCGGCGCUCUUGUGAACCCAAAGACCACAGAAGAUGAUUCAGGGGAAGCUGAGCUAUGCAUUGAUGCAGAUGUGUCUGAGAGCACAGAGGCAGAAUCCCUGUCAGGCCUGGAAGCCAAGGAGGAAGAGUCCCACCCGGAGGCACCCGCUUCCCACCCGGAGGCACCCGCUUCCCACCCGGAGGCACCCGCUUCCCACCCGGAGGCACCCGCUUCCCACCCGGAGGCACCCGCUUUACCUGCUUUUGUGGUCCAGGAGGUUGCAGAGGGCAGACAGUCUCCAGAGGGGCAACAACAGAUUUUUCUUGAAGCUUCUACAGAUCUUACCUCCACCAAUUGUUCAGAAACCAGCCUAGUAGAUCCUCCAGAGUUUGGUUUCCAGUACCUGCCUGAGAGCGACCAGGCUGAGCUGCUGGUUACAGAUGAGGAGUUGGAUGCUUUCCUGCAAGCACAUGCUGAAGCAGAACAGGGUGUUUCUUAUCCUGAAUCUCUCCCAGAAUCAAACAGGGCUCCAGAGGAAGGGCUUGUAAAACAGGACUUAGGUCUACCUUUUCCAGAAAGUGAUCAAGCAAUAUGUGUAUCUGCAGAGGGGAGCAUUAACCCUGGUGCUCUAUCAGUAUCAGAGGACUCUUGCAGACCUUGGCAAGACUAUUCUUCUGGGGUAAGCUCUCUGACCAGCAACACUUUCCAGUCCCAGCACAGCAGUAGCCCUGAUCUACAACCCUCCUAUGGAGGUGCAAGACCUAAACAGCUGCACUGCCAAACUGCAAGAUCUCCAGCAACAGGAGAAGAGGAAGAGGGGGAGCUGGCUCAGAUGUUAAGUGCUUCUACAACAGUGCCAAGUACUGCACAGGAUGGAAAACGUUCACCAAUAAACCCCAGUAUUACAGAUGAGCAUUCCAUCAACUUUAGGGAUUCUAACCCUUCAUAUGCAACUCAGGAGGAUCAGGAUUACAGUGUGGUGUAUGAUGAACUGUCAGAACCCCCACCUUACCCUGGGGAGUUUACCAUAGACAGUGCCAAGGCAGUGAGCUGCAAAAGGGAGGGAGUGGAGGAGCUAGGGAACAGACAGCCUGCUUGGGUGCCAGACUCUGAAGCUCCCAACUGUAUGAAGUGCAAUCAGAAGUUCACUUUUACCAAAAGGCGGCAUCACUGUCGUGCCUGUGGGAAGGUUUACUGUGCUGUGUGCUGCAACAGGAAGUGUAAACUGAAGUACCUGGAGAAAGAGGCUCGUGUAUGUGUCCUCUGCUUUGACACCAUUCACAGAGCCCAGGCUCUGGAACGGAUGAUGAGUCCUACAGGUCCUAGCCCAAACCCAAAUGUCCCAUCUGAAUACUGCAGCACAAUCCCCCCUUUACAGCAGGCCCGUGCUGCUGGUACUCUAAACUCCCCACCACCUACUGUCAUGGUGCCUGUGUCUGUUCUUAAACACCCAAGCAAUGACGGUUGUCCUCGUGAGCAAAAGCGCGUGUGGUUUGCUGAUGGUAUCUUACCCAAUGGAGAGGUGGCAGACACCGCCAAGCUGUCUGUGAUGAGCCGCAGGAGCUCCCAAGAGUUCAGUGGUGCCACCCCAGAUGAGACAACACCUGGCUUACCUGGGGCAGAGACCGGAGUUAACAGUGCAUCUUCCCCUGAGGCUGCUGUGGCAGCAGAGGUAGCUUGCCGCCCAGUGUCUGGACCCUGGGAUUUCGCGUUGCUUUGUGGAAUUGGUUCUUCAGUGAACAGGUUUCCCAGUCUGCUGCCAGACAAUGAAGACGAGCUGCCUCCACUGCUCAUUGCCACUGGAGAGGACGAAGGAGGAGAUGUUUUAGUUGAGGAGAAUCCUGCUCCAUGUCAGAUUCUGCACUUACUAGAAGAAGGCGGACCCCGUCCUCUGACAUUCAUUCUUAAUGCCAACCUGCUAGUCAAUGUCAAACUGGUGACAUACUCUGGCAGGGAAUGCUGGUGUUUCGGCUCUAAUGGGCUGCAGGCUCUGGGACAGAAAGAGUUAGUAUUUCUGUUGGAGUGUUUGCCUCAAGAAAAAACUCUUCCCAAAGACCUCUUUACCAUAUAUCUCAGCAUUUUCCAGGAUGCCCAAAAAGGGAGGUUUGUGGAGGAGCUGGAUAAUGUGACUUUUACAAGUAGUUUCUUGGGCAGUAAGGAUCAUGCUGGGAUGGUAUUCUUCUCUCCCACCUGCCAGUCUCUAGACGGCCUCACUCUCCCUUCACAGCCAUUCUUGUUUGGCCUGCUCAUUCAGAAACUGGAGGUGCCCUGGGCCAAAGUCUUUCCACUGAGACUGCUUUUGCGUCUUGGAGCUGAAUACAACUCGUAUCCCACCACACUGAUAAGUAUCCGUUUUCGGCAGUCAGUGUAUCGAGAGACAGGACACACCAUUAUGAAUUUAUUGGCUGAUCUAAGGAACUACCAGUAUAGCCUGUCAGUGGUGGAGGGCCUGAGGAUCCACAUGGAGAUGGGCCACAGCUACAUUGAUAUUCCCAAAAGUAGCUUCAGUGAGGUGCAGAAGGUGAUAAAUGCAUCCAAUGAACAUGUCAUCAGCAUUGGAGCAAGAUUCAGCUCGGAGGCCGACUCUCACCUGGUCUGUUACCAGAAUGAGGAGGGAAAUUACCAAACCCAGGCCAACAGCAUGCCUGGGAAGUCUCGGACAGUCACUGGGGCCAGUUUUGUGGUGUUCAAUGGAGCACUUAAAGCCUCCUCAGGUUUCAUUGCGAAGUCCAGCAUUGUAGAAGAUGGGUUGAUGGUGCAAAUCCCUCCAGAGACCAUGGAAUCUCUUCGCUCUGCCCUCAGGGAGCAGACAAACUUCCACAUACCCUGUGGCAAGAUUAAUGAUGAGCAGGUCAGAGAGAAUGUGACUGUCCGCUGGGUGGAGUGGAAUCCACCUGUCAACACAGGCAAAACUAGUGGAGUUGAUGGAAGAUCCCUAGAUGGAGUGUGUAGUGUGAGGAUGCAACAAGACACUGAGUUUGAAUCAGACAAUCGGCUGAUUACAUGCACUGAGGUAUUCUACCAGCUGAAGUCUCCAGACUGCAACCUGGCAUCUGUCUUAUCGUCCUGCAGUGUUUUUCAGAAGGAAAUAGCGUUGGCAACCUGCAGUGCUCUCACUCCUCACCUCGCCGUUCUCACUUCCAGCGGAAUCAACUCACUCUCACUGUGUGUCUCGACACAGGCUGACAUGGUGGAGUACCAGGCUGGCUCCAAAGGCAGUCUUCUCCCACAGCGCUACAUGAAUGAGAUGGACAGCGCUCUAAUCCCUGUCAUCCAUGGGGAGAGUGCAAGUGUGCCACAGACUGCCAUGGACAUGGAGUUCAUGUUCUAUAUCACACAUGCCAUUGAAUGUGCAUGUAGACCAUGACACACUCAAAGUUUUGGAGGCAAAAAAACAAAAACAUAGCUGCAGCUUCAGGCAGGAUGCUUGUUCCCAGCUGGAGCAGCAGCCACCCACACAGGAAGAAAAACAUUUCCACCCUGAGGUUUGUGAUUUAGAGGGAUCAAUGAUUGGAUGAUGGUCUUCUGUUAAGAAGCCAUUGUACUUUUGAGUGUUUCAUGUUCACCAAAGCUGCUUUAAUACAAGAAGCCAAACACUAAACAAGAAAUAUGACAACAUGACCAAAAGCAACCAAACUAUUCAAAGCGCUUUCCUCUGCUCUGCCUUCCAGACUCCCUGCUGGCCUCCGUCAGUGUGGAGUACCUCAGUGAAUGUUUCCUACAGACACUAUGGAAAUGGCUCUCAUUAUUUUUACAUUAAAAGUAGGGACAUUAAUGAGCGUAGACAUGUGAUCAGGUGCUACUAUAGAGCUACUUGACAUACAUAGUUGACUUGUUCUAAAUGCAGACAUCACAGGGCUCACUUUCUCUCAAGGUACUAUGCUCUCAUUUGACAUGAUGGUUGUGAUGAUACUGCACAAGAAAACAAUGGGCCUUCUGCAGGAAACCUUUUUGUAACUAUGUCCUGGGGCUGGGCUGAUGAAUGAUAUUUGAUUGAAAUUCCAAGUUUGCCUUUUAAUGAUAAUUUAUAAAAACUAAACCAAACUUCAUUACAGUGCACUGCUCUAAAGGACACCUAUCCACGUGCCCAGAGUUUCUCCCGGUUUAACUCAACUCAAGCUAAGAAAAGUAGAGUGUUUGAUCAACAAGGUCUAUCUACAGGGAGGAUUAACAAUCGCCAAUUGCUCAGGGUCUGUUUUUUUUUUUUUUUUUUUUUUUUCCCCUCAAUUGAGUCUGCUUUCUGCAACAAGUAACAGUUGGAUAGCAGAGGCUUCAGCUCUCUUCCACUCACAAUGUAACUGCUAUGCAGGUCUCUUGGUGCACACACAUCCACUGCUGCUCCCUGCCCCGUUUGCAGCAACAAUCUCCCAACCAGCAUGGCAUGGACCAGUGAUGCUAAUUUUAGCUUUAUGUUAAAAACAACUCCCAAUUAUUUCCCAGCUGCCUACUAAAACACUCUGGUACUCUCACGACUCUCCCCUUUUUUCAUUUAUUUAUUUGUUUUUCAUUUAAAUUAUAUUUGACAUAUAAUUUAUAUGUUAAAUUAUAUGGCAAAUAUAAUUGACAUAUAAUUGUUAACUGUUAACAAUUAUUGAGUUUUUACAUAAUGCUUAAGUGUGUUCAUUUUGUGUGACAGAAUCACUGGUUUAAUUGACAUCUAGACCUGUCAUGCUUUGUUACUUGUUCUGCUUUAUUUAUUGUCAGUUAAGUGUUACACAACAACUAAUCGUUGAUGCACAACAACCUAACAAGCUGACAGUGAAUAACGUGUACAAGUUACCAAUCUUAUAUUCGCCAAUAAAAUGUCAGACUUUAAAGAAAAACGACAGCCAUUAUGACAAAAAAUCCAAUGAAGAUGUAUCCAAGUCAAAGAAACACAUUCCAAUGUGGAUAAAAGCAGAGACUGUGCACUACAUUAAACGACAGGUCUAGAAUAUACAUGAAUUUCAUACGACAAAAGUGCAGGAUGCAACUCAUUCAGGGGAGGCAGCCUCACCAGUGUAAACGGUUAGCUCAACUGAGCUGCCCAGAUGUUUGGCUAGCUCAGUGUCUAGAUGACACUUCGUAAUACUCUCAGCUGAAAGCAUCUGAAAAACAUUUCUCUGAGCCCUGAUUGUACAACAGCAGCAAUAAUCAAGGAUUUAUUUAUUCUGUCAAUUAUAAUUCGUAAUUAUAAGGCCACACUUUCCUUACAGGCAAUGAGAGUGAUGGAAACAAACCUGUGGGAGUGAGUCUUUCCUGCAUGAGGCCCAGUGUGUGUGUCAGUAACAUGGCUGAAGUUUGCGUCUGGAACUUUACAAAUGUUUUUUUUUAUUCCUAAAAAGUGAACAUAUGACAGGUAUAUUUUGGCAGGAUUAAGAGUGUUGACCUACUGACCUUGAUGAAACUACAGAACUAUUUGGAUAAUAGUAUUACAACUGGUGGAGGUGAGGGGUUAAAAUAUUCUCUUGUAGUUGAAUAUGUCUUUCUUGGUGAGUAGCUGACGUUAAAGCUGCUCAUUACUGAGCUUGCAGGUGUAGCUCUUCUCAGAGCUUUAGUUUCUGUUUCCAUCAUCCUGCUGGCACAAAAUUGAUCCAAUAGUAUGUUUGUCUUAAAAUCUUUCCGUUAUUAUUUGAUCAUCCAUCUUCACACUGAGGUUUCAUUUCACACUGAGAUCUUACAAAAGAAAAGAUGAUGUCAAUCCUGACAGUUUUUAUUUCUCAGAAGGAGGUGUAAAUUUAACAAAGAGGAUGCUAUAUUAAUUGUACACACUCUGCUUCUGGAUGAAAAUGUCCAGUCAGGGGAGUUAAAACAAAAAAAUCCCUCCUGUUUUUCACAGAGAUGCUCUUUCAGUGUUGAUGACUUCUUGCCAGAUCAAACACAAAAUACUAAUGAUUAUUUUCUCCUUUAAGAUGUUUUACGUUAUCUGCUUCAGUCUCAGUUAAAUGUUGUUUUUGCACAGCUAAUGAGAACUCUUUCAUUCAGUUCAUCUCACAACUUUUACUAGUUAUUUAAAAAAAUGAAGAUGAUUCUUUCAGAUGAGAAGAUUGAUUACACUAUUAUCAAGUCACGAACACAGAUUGUAUAUAAGCAAUGGAAUUGGCCAUAGUAAUGUCACCAGUUAUGUGGGACUGAAGGUGCCUGUUUUCAUUGUGAGCAUUGUAGUGUUUUUGAAUUGGAUGUGAAGCGUGAUGGAUGGAUCAGACUGAAACUAUUGCUAUUCAGUCUGGUCGCCUCCUGUUGGCCAUUUAUAGAAAUUCAGAGUUAAAGCUCUUCCACAUUGGCUCCACUUUACAAGCCCAGAGGCUACCUCUAUCUUUUAUAUAGUCUAUGUUCACGAAUUAGCUUAGCUUAGUUCAGUGUGAUUGGUAGAAACGGGUGAAACUGUGUAGCCUGGCCUCAUUCAGCCUUCAAGAACCAUCAAAGCUUACAAAUUAUUCUGUAUAUUUUGUUUGAUGUUUAGAAAGAAGGAUGAAAACCACUGGAGUUAAUUGAGUUAAUUGGUGGUUGGUUUUUAGGCUGUUUACAUGGAUAGAGCAGCUAAUUGUCUUUACCAGCUAACAUCAGACUUAAGGGCUGCCAUUGACUGACACAUUCAGUGACAGGUAACAAUAGCAGUGACACACUCAAGUAUUGUCACCUUAAUUCUGUGCUGACUAUAAGAUGCUGAAACAACUGGUUAUUUUGUUCUAAUGAAGACUUUGGUUUCUGUUGCAGAAAAGGCAGAACAAUAACAUUUUAAUUAUCAGCCAAAUUAUUAUUUUUAAGUGUUGUUAUUGGCCCAACUUUUCAGAGCUAAUUCUCUAUUGACCAUUUCUUUUAAGAUAAAUAAUUCCUAUGCUUGGUCUCAAUUUCGUUCAUAAUAUUAGUUCACUUCAUGUAGUACUAAAACUACUACUACAUGCUGACUUGUCUAGUGUGUAAGUUUGGACUGAUUAAUUCUCAAAUGGACAUGUCACGUUCUGCUCUUAAAUGAAAUGACAUUCUGAAUGUUGGACUCAGGUUGUCCCGCGAUUUACUGCAUGUUCUAAACUUGUUCUGCCUUUUACCACCCAUAUGGACAAUUUGCUGUCUGCUGCUGUUAGCUAGUAAGCUAGCAAAGCCACUAUCAUCAGUGCUGAUGAUUACAGCCUCCUGCUGGCUGAACCUUGUUUGGUGGUCCUUUUCUAUCAUUCAAGUAGCGAAGAACUGAGACACGACGGUGGUUUCCAGUCUAAAUUCAAGUCUCAUCUAGCAGCUUUGUGGCUUUAGUUUAAAAUUAACACACAAAUAUAAGAGUGGUAUCAAUCUUCUCAUCCAGGUUUUGUGCAGAAGGACAAAAAAAGCUAAUUUCCUCAGUUUAUUGAUUGGAGUAGGAGCUGUUUUAUACUGGGUUCAUAUUUUAGCAUUAUUUAAUGUCUCUAUAACAGCUUUAGGCACUUUAUAAAUAUCA